AUGGCCAACAACUCGAUUACCGCGAAUCACAUCGACCUCGACAACACCAUGACUGCAUCAAGCUCUACCACAACCGAGGAACUCAACGAUCGGAUUCAGAAUCUGCCACAGGAACUCCAGGAUUGGAUCAAGGAGCUGGUCAUUGAUGAUGGAAUGCCCUCGAGCUACGUCAACAUCGACGAUAGCUACAAGCCACCACUCGGACUACAAAUCGACCAUAAGAGCCGCGAGAAGUUCGCUAAGGAGUUCUACCGGCUCUUAAGCCAUCGUGUGGUUGAGUAUGAUCCAGAAGUUUACUCGCCAGCCGAGUCCCUCGACCACGCAUACGAAAAAAUGCGGCGUUGGCUAUGGACCUUAAGCACGUUACAUAUCCAGCACAUCGCAACCCUUCGAUUCGACGUUGGUGAAAUGAGAUGCAGGGUCACUGGGAUCACUUGGUUUCCGAAGCAUAUUUCCGAUGAAUGUAAUCUGGCGUGGUCCGCACUCACAUCACGUGUCUGGAUCCAUCUGCUCGGGCAUGGCAUCGUUGCCAUUCAAAUGGACGAGGCGUUGCUAUCCGAUGAAACCCACGGAGUCGACCUAUUCCGCGAGCCUAUUGAAGAAUGA